AGCCGGGCACGGCACAGCGAGGGGUAGAGCUGCGUCCGGGCAGCUCAGCCUCCCUGGCAUCACAGCCGCGACGUUCACGGCUUUCAGCAGUGCACUCCUCUCCCGAGACCGCGGGCAGCUUUUGGCCCGGGCUGAAGCUGCUGAAGUUUCAGCUGCGAGGUGUGUGAGCGUUACACGGGUGGUGGUGGCCAUCUCCUGGGACAUCUGCCCACAGAAGCGCGUGGUGGUGGCAGCGGGACACCGGGGCAGGUGCCUCUGGCCCUGUGGCUCUGCCUCCCACGGGGACGCUGCCGGUGCCGUGCCGCGUCCUGCUUGCACUCGCACCCUCUCCGCUGCUGAUGCUGCAGUGUCAGCAAUUGCGGCCGCGCGCCUGGAGGGUCCAAAGUCAUGAUGGGCAACGCGAGCGGGGCAGCGGCGUGAGUACAAGGCGCAAGAGUCGGGUUUCGCAAAAGCCACAACGUGUGAGGGUGCUGUAGCUAUCAGCAGCCCAUCGCAAAGCAUGCCUCGGACGGGUGCUCGCUGCCUCCAGGUUGUAUUGGGUUUCUCCAACAGCUUCCCGAAGUUUGUAGCUCAUCCUAAUGAGGGUAACUCCGCUCCUGGAAAGCUCGUGCUGUUGUGUUGCAGCAGCCACUUGCAGUAGUACUGCCUUGCUGCCCUCAGUCCGAAAGGAGAAAGGGUUGAGGAGAUUCUUAUUACCAUCGUAAAGACCUGAGAAAGUUUUCCUAGCGGAGUGGUAAAAGUGCUGGGUCCCAAUUGCACGAGGACAUACAUCAUCCUGUCCCCCUGAUAACGGCUGCCCUUCUGGUGAUAGUCGCAGUGCUAGCAGUGGCUGCACUCUGUGCUGUGUUUGUACAGCUCCUUGCACAAAGGCAUUCCUUACUGUGACUAAUCUUCCCAGGAAUUACAGUGAUGCAAGCAAUAAGUAAUUAGUAUAUUUUAUUAUGCUAGCUCUGAGAAACUCAGUCAUGUUUGUAGUCUGGUCAUCUUACGGUGCUGCAGAGAACUUUCUCUGGCUUUUUUAAUGCCUGGCUCACUGAUGAAAGCAAGCCUUCAUCAAGAAGGCUUUCUACUAUUUUGGAGAACCAGAAAACCCUCAGGCUGUACAUCCCUCCCCUCACUUUCCUUCGCUGACCACCUUCAUUUAACAAAAGUGAGGCAUCAUCAGGGUACUGUAGUUUGGAAAUCAGCCCCCGGUGGUAGUCCAGAAGUACAGGUGUUGUGAAAAUAACACGAGCUGCCAAAACAGUGGAUGCUCUGUGAGUUACCUGCUAUUCUCAGCAGUGCAUGGCUUCUGAGAUGGCAGAUAGCAUGUAGGGUCAGAAAGAUUCUGUGUAAAUUGAGUGGAAGGCUUAUGUGUAGUUUAAGUUUUGAAGCCACGUUAUCUUCCUUUACUGCAGCUGUUAAUCCUAACCUGCACGUUGUCCCAACCUUAAUUUCCAGCACUCUGUUCAAUUCAUCUUUUUCCAGUCAAAACUCCUUCCCUUGGGAAGGAAAAGGAAAACCCAUCACUGCAGUUGUUUUGAUUGUGAGCUAUAGCCAGGUACCUAUGCAGCACCUGUGCAGCAGUCAUCAUACCAGUGCUUCAUUUGGUGUGCACAUGCUUUUCAGAAAAUGAGAUAUUAAACCAGGGGCUGGCACCUCUGCCUGGACACAUGCUUGUUGCAUACAGCUGCAGAGCACAGCAACAACAGGAGCCUCCUGUGCCUGCUUCUGUAGGCACAGGACUAUUAGUGAGGCUGAGAUGAGACAGCCUGUCAUUGAUGCUUUCCCCUGGGCUGGUGCUGAGAUGGGGCAGGUGGCUGGGGAAGAGGCUGUCCCUGUUCAUCGUGGGCUGGGGAUGUGUGCACAGUCCUGCAGCACGCAGUCCAGGAGUAUUAAGAGAAGUGACCACAUGUUUGCUCCCCACAGUGUGUGGCAGCUGCUAUGGAGCUGCUGUAAGGAUUCUUCAGCCUUCUUUGUUUUGGGAUGGUGCUUGCUACCUGAUGCGCAAAGUGCUCGUGUCUGAUAAAUGUCACAUAACUGCAUGUCUCCGGAGCUAAAUUCAUUACAUCUCCUUAAACUGACCUCUGGAGCAGUCUGACUCAGGUCUUACUGGAGUUGAAGGAUGUUUGCCUCCUACUUCAGUGGGUGAAGUGGUAAGCCAGCUCUUUCUAAACUGCACUGACCAGCAGACAGUGUGGCAUACUGUGCUGCUGGUACAGGUUUGUGAAUUCUUUAUUUUUCUUUUUGAAGGAUUACUAAUCACAUUUUCCAGGGAUUCAGUCUGACUUUAAAUUUUACUACAUGGUUUUCUGAAAGUGAAUUUAUAAAUCAUUGUUGUGAAUUUUGAGUAACUUUGUUGUCAUGUUGUUAUUGAUAGAGGUACAGUCAUAAAGCUUUGAGUAAUGUCAACUUAAAAAAAGGAGACUUCAGGAGCAAUCAACCUAAUUAUAUUUCCUUUGACAUCAGCAUGAGUAAGACAGGGUACUGCAGCGUCUCAUUGAUGGAGAGAAAUGUCUCACUGAAAGGUGGCAAGUGCUUGUGUUUCUCUGAUACAGCAAAAGAAUUUGUCUAGCACAACUGUAAUAUUCUUUUCUUCGGUAUUCUUGUAUUGUUAAUUUUUUCUGUAAGUUUCAGUCUCAUUCAGCAUUUCAAAGUGUCAUGUAAGUUGCUAUAAUCAGGAGCUAUUUAUGACAUGAAGGUCAGAUAGACUGUUAGAACAUAAUUAGCAUCCUACUGGUUUUUAGUUUGUUACUUAUACUUUAAUGCACCUCAAGGUAUAUCCGAUGUUUCAGUUUGAAUCAGUUUGGCCCCGCUGGCCUUGAUAUGAGAAUGGCAUUUUGAUGGAAGCUGGUACUAAACAAAUGAAAUCAAUGAAAGGGCAUUUGUGACCAAAUAAAUAAUACUAACAUUACUGCAAAGUAACCAUUUAAAAAGGUGGGGGAAGUAGCUCUCUCCAAGAUGUUUUAAUAUUUUGUUUGCACGUUAAAGGAAUGUUAUAGUUCUUCAUUACAGAAUUGGGAAAAUGAAAAUGAAUUCUAGAGAAAUAACUUGUUUCUGCUUUCAUCAAAAUGAACAGAAGUUGUAUUGCGUGCACUUGCAGACCAUUUGGUUCAAAAUAUGUCUUCCUGGCUUGAGGAAAGAAAUCACAGUCCCAGAGGCCUUUUCUCCAAAUGCGGAAAAAAGCAGUAGACAAUGACAAAAGCGAGACAAAGACAGCACAGAACUGUCUUCAUCAUUGUGAAGUAGAGUCCAGAGGAGAAUAGCAGGGAGACCAACCAGCUUUGACCUGGAUUUUACCUGAGCUGGCAGGACGUCUUGGUUAUGGAUCCCAGUGCAUGUCUAUUGGAAAAAGCAGCUGCAGCGAUCUAGUAAUCACCGGCAGUCCCAUGACAGUUCAGCAGCUGGGACCUGUUUUGCCUCCUGCUAGUCAAGUUUCAACAGCAUGCAGUCAGAUCAGCCCUCACUUACAAAGGUCUAUGGAUGUUUCUGGCCUGAGUAUUCCUCCAUCAGAUACAAGGUCACCGUUGUCGCACAAUUCUCUGGACUCUACAACAUCAAGCUUUUCAGAAAGUCAGUUCACUUUGACUGUUAAGCAAGAGUGGUCACAUGAAUAUGAGAUACUUCAUUCUCUUCCACUUGAUCAAGGUUUACAAAAUGGCAGUGUGCUGGGGGACUCACUAAAUUUUCCUCCUGCAACAUCUAUGUCCAGUAACUGUAUAUCUGACCCAUUACCAUCCUGCAUUCUUGGCAUGGAAAAUAGCCACUCUCCUAAUCCUAGUUCUUGUAAUUCCUCCUCCCAGUCUCAAUCUGCCCGCUCCAAAAAGAAAGCACUCUCUCUGUCUCCUCUGUCCGAUGGCAUUGGGGUUGACUUCAAUACAAUCAUUCGUACGUCCCCUACUUCUCUAGUGGCCUAUAUCAACAGCUCCAGGACUUCACCAGCUAAUGUUUCUCCACAGCCUGAGGUCUAUGGGCAUUUUCUGGGAGUGAGAGGCAGCUGUAUACCCCAAAACUGCUCUGUCCCAGCUUACCAGAAAGGCCUUCUCAUGGCUAAUUGCAACAUUGCCUUCCCAGAGUUUGUUGAGAAUGGGGCUGGUGAGUACCAGCGAAUGCAGCAGCUGGAGCAAGUCAACCUGCAGACAGACAUGAUGACUAAUAUGGUGAUCCAGCAGGGCAUGUUUCCCAUGGACAGCCAAGCAGUGGGUGCCCUGAAAAAUGAACAAUUGGAUGACUUCUCAGGUCACACUAUUGAUAUGCCUCCUCCACCCCCACUGCUGCCACCUACUCCGCAAGGGCCACCACCACCAUACCAUGCUUACCAGUACCAGCUUCCUCACAGCCUCUCUGGUCAUAUGCAUCCUCUGCAUGUGCCUCCUUCUGCUCCAGACCCACAGCUUGAGGAAGAUGGAGACCUGGAUGAUUUUAAUGGCAAACAUGGCUGUCGUUGGAUUGAUUGCAACAUGCUGUAUGACCAGCAAGAGGAACUUGUGCGACACAUUGAGAAGAUUCAUAUAGACGCGAGGAAGGGAGAAGACUUCACGUGCUUCUGGGCAGGCUGUCCUAGAAGGUUCAAGCCAUUCAAUGCAAGGUAUAAACUGCUGAUUCACAUGAGAGUUCACUCAGGAGAGAAGCCGAACAAGUGCACAUUUGAAGGCUGCAAGAAGGCCUUUUCCAGGCUAGAAAAUCUCAAGAUUCACUUAAGGAGCCAUACGGGUGAAAAGCCAUAUCUUUGUCAGCACCCUGGCUGCCAGAAAGCCUUCAGCAACUCCAGUGACCGUGCCAAGCACCAGAGGACACACCUGGACACUAAACCUUAUGCAUGUCAGAUUCCAGGAUGUACUAAACGAUACACAGAUCCAAGCUCACUGAGAAAACAUGUGAAAGCACAUUCUUCCAAAGACCAGCAAGUUAGGAAAAAGUUACGAUCUUGCUCAGAGCUUGGACAGGACAUCCUGAAUGACUGCCUCACAAUACAGUCCCUCCAGACAGCACCAUCUCCACACAAUGCUAUGGAUAAUGCACUGGGACAAUCCACAGGGCCUGCUCAUGACAUUUACCCAGUGGCCGUGUUCCCCAGCAUGCAGACAAGUGGAAGUGGAACAGCAGCUGGGGUAGUGUCCUUGUCCCAGCCCAGCAGCCACUCCUCCCCAGGAUGUAACGUACAGAGUAGUCCUCUCCAUUCUCCUUCCCAGUUAUCUCUUCUCUCAGUUGCAGACUCUGAGAGGUUUGUUGCUCUGACUUCUUCUCCUCAACACAUCAGCCCCCAAAGAAUUUCAGUUCCUCCUCCCAUGAUGCAGAGACAGACUCCACAGCCUCCUCAUCUUCAGCAGCCUGCUGGAAUGCACCUAAAGACAUAUGAAUCAGCAUCAAAUCCUUUUCAGCCAAAUAGUCUCCACAUCCAAGGUUUUUAUGGACAGCUUCAGACUUUCUGCCCUUCGCAUUAUCCUGACACUCAGAAGAACGUACAACACAAUGUUUCUUGCAGUAUGGUUCCUCCCUUUGAAGACUGUUUAUUUCCUGCAUCAGUGGGUCAGGCAGGACUUGGUGUCUUUCAUCGAACUUUUUCAGCUCACUCUGGUAUUGCAGUUUAUGAUUUUCCAGCAGGGCCCACAGGUGUCUUUGGUGAUUCGACUCACAGCAUGCCAGAGGAUAGCAGUUUCCUACAAAUAAAUGCAGUGGAUCAUUGUCCUACUCAGCUUUCUUCUGUCUACACUGAAGGCUAAAAUCAUCCAACUCUAAUGAGAACCUGAUUCCCUUUCAUAUUGCCCUUUUGAUUUUUCUCUACAAAAUUUUUCUCUCUGUAAAAAUGCUGUGUGUGAAUAUGGGUGGAUAAACAUACAAACUGGAGAGGAAAAAAGAAAUCACCAAGCAUUCAUCCUGUAAUCAGGCAGUCAUCUGAGGAGAACAUUUGGAGAAGGAAAAUUUUGCCAAAACCUUAGCAAUUGUUUAUUUUCUUCUGUGGCACAGCAACUCCAUUUUUUUGUUCUUUUUAACUUCUCAAAGGGAAUUCAGAGACUGAAUAAGAAAACUGUUGGCUAUCUGAAUAGUUGUAACCUUUGAGAAGUACACUUUAGAAAAUUCCUUUAAAAAACAAACAAACAAACAAACAAACACAGAGAAAAAAAAGAAAAGAAGAAGAAGAAGUAAAACCAGACUAUACUGCAGACAUUUCAAAGAUACACAACUUUUGGAAGAGUGUUUGUAUACGGUGCUUCUGAAGAUAAAAAUACACCAACAGAAAAAGGGAGAGAAACUGGACAUACAUCCUGAAGGAUGUCUCCAAUUACCCACUGGAGGCAUGUGUAUAUCUUCUUUCUGAGGCCAAAGAGCAUUGGUUCUAGAUUUCUUACAGGCCUUGGUUUAGGUGACUUUCCCAUCCCUCUGUAUUUAAACCGUAUAGUGUGGCCAUUGAUAUUUUUCCAACAUUUCUUCUGACCUAGUUCUUUUUUGCAGUUUAUAAGAAUACCUAAAUGCACUACGUGAGAAGGUACAUGGACAUAAUCUUUAUUUAGCACAACAGCUAGGAAAGAAGAUUAUGUUCUAACUUUUUGUUGAUUUUAACUAUGUUGUAGAGCUUUAUUGCUGUAUGUGCUGUAGUACUCUGUAGGAAAAUUUAAAAUACUUUUCCUUAAAUUCCGUAGAUUUAAAAGCAAUCCAUAACAUUUCCAGAAAAACAAAAACAAAAACAAAACCCCCAAAAACCAAACAAAUGAACAAAAAACCACAAAAAAACUACUCUUAAGUCUGCUAUGUUCCCUGUGAUUAUUCAGAGAUGUAAAACUGGACUUGUUGGAUCUGUGUCUUCUACUCAGUGUCUGGCUCUGGUUCAUGUAUUUUGUACAAUGUACAAUAAGAUUAGAUUACCUGUGUAAGCCACAGGGGAUGUGAUAAAACCAGUAUUUUGCAGUACAGAUAUGUCAUCGCUGUGGUGAUAUAUAGCUUGAGAGUAACUGUAAUAUCAUGUAAGACUGAGCUUUUAGGAUUAUUAAUCCACUUUCAUCUAUAUUGUGGACUUACUGCAUAGUAUGCAUCAUAAUACUCCUACAACCUGUUUUAAUCUCUGAAAAAAAAAUCAGAGAUUCUUACACACUGACUAGAUGGUAACUAUCCUUCUGAAAUCACUCAGCAGUUAAAAAAAGAUUGUUUAUGCACAAUUUUUCUUAUCCUGAGAAGCUUUUCAGAGUUGCUGAAUGCAGUUUGUGUCAAAUUCCUUAUUUAACUUGCUGUUCUUUUUCAUAGGUGAAUUUAUGUGCAGACAUUUACAAACACUGGUAAUCUUCUGAGGACUGUAUUCCUGAAUUAUAUUCUUACAUACAAGCAUAUGUGCUUCUGUAUUUUAUUAAGAGAUUUUCAUUCAAUAUAUGCAAAGUAGCUAUGAAUAAACCAUGUAGAUAAAUUAUUUAAACCAAGAAGUAAAAUUGAGGCUUAAAUACAGAGAAUUCCCUAGUAAAUUCUUCCCUUUUUUAUUCUGUUUCUCACAUUACAUGUAAAUAUGUCACUCUGCUUCAGUUUGAAUUAGUAGGUCUUGUUGUUACCAUGUUGGGUUAAUGUUGUUACCAUAUUGGGUUCUCAUUGGGUUAAAUGACAUCAGGCUUCUAUACACAGGUACAAGAUUACGGGGAACAACAGGCCUCUUAGCCCAACUUCAGUACUGGGGAAAGUUAUGGAGCAGAUUAUCUUGAGUGCAUCACACAGCAUGUGUGGGACAACCAGGGGAUGAGGCCCAGCCAGCAUGGGUUCAUGAAAGGCAGAUCUUGCUUGACCAGCCUGAUCACCUUGUAUGACCAAGUAACCUGCCUCCUGGAUGAGGGAAAAGCUGUGGAUGUAAUCUACUUAGUCUUUAGUAAAACCUUUGACCCUACCUCCCACAGUAUUCUCAUGGAGAAGCUGGCAGCCCAGGAUCUCAGGAGUACAGCUGUCAAUGGCUUAGUCAGGUGUACUCUUUGCAGGGUAAAGAACUGGGCUGGGCCUAGAGAGUGAUGGUGAAUGGAGUUAAAUCCAGCUGGCGACAUGUCAUUAGUAGUGUUCGCUAUGGGUUGGUAUUGUAGCCAACCCUGUCUAAUACCUUUAUUGGUGAUCUGGACAAUUUGAAUGUACCUUCACUAAUUUUGCAGAUGACACCAAGUUGAGAGGAAACAUUGGUCUGCCUGAGUGAAUGGCCCUAGAGAGGGAUCUGGACGGGCUGGAUUGCUGCAACAACCCCAAGCAACACAACAGGCCUGGGUUGUAGUGCCUGGAAAACUGUGCAGAGGAAAAGGAUCUGGGGGUAUUAGUAGACUGGUGAGGCCGCAGCUCUAGUACUGUGUUCAGUUUUGGGCCCUCACUACAAGAAAGGCAUUGAAGCCUGGAGCAUUUACAGAGACGGGCGACACAGCUGGUGAAAGGUCUGGAGCACAACUCUUACAGGGAGCAGCUGAGGGAACUGGAAUUCUUCAAUCUGGAGAAGAGGAGGAUCAGGGGGACCUUGUAUUACUCUCUACAGUUCUCUAAAAGGAAGUUGUGGUGAGGUGGGAGUCGAUCUCUUCUUCCUGCUAACGGUGAUAAGACUAGACAUAAUGGCCUGAAGUUUCAUCAGAAGAGGUUCAGGUUGGAUACUGUGGAACAUUUCUUCUCUGAAAGAGUGGUUAAACAUUGGAACAGGGUGCCCAGGGAAAUGGUGGAGUCACCAUCCCUGGAGGUGUUCAAGAAAAGUGAGGAUGGACUGAUAGAGAUUUAGUGGGCAUAGUAUUGAUGGGUUGACAGCUGGAAUAGAUGAUCUUUGAAGUCUUUUUGAACCUUAAUGAUUCCAAAACUCUAAGAUACACGGGGAAAAAAAAGACAGCUCAUUUGCAUUACUGUAUCAUCAGACCUUUUUAGUAAAGCUUUAAUUUUGUGCUGUCUUAAAGCCUACUCUGUGAUCUCUGCACACAAGUAAUUUGGUUCAGCAGGAGUAACUAUGGUUGCCGAACACUUCAAGUUUGUAGGACUACAUUUGUUUCUUCCAAAGUCAAUAGGAGCAUAAUUGGGCCCAGUGUAUACAGAUGCAUGUAUAUGUAAAUUUAUACUUUCAUAUAUGUAGAAAUGCUUUAAGAUUCUCUUAACCACAUGGCUAUCCAGAAUUUGUCAGUUGCUGUGUACAGUACUGAAGUAUUGCUACUGACCACCUUGAUUAUUAACACUUCUGAAAUAUUUCUUCUGGUAUCCGAUUGCACGAGCUGUACAGUAGAGAGGGCUUUCAAGUUAUGGGUGGUCCUGAUCAAAGGGAAAGCAGGAAGACAUAAUUCAAAAAGGGUGUGAUUUUCAUAUUCAUCAAUUACAUGUGAAAAAGGAAACUUUCGUAAAUCAUUCAUUCAUUCUUUCAUAAGAACGGAUAUAUAACUUGUAUAUAUAGACAUUUAUAAUGCACAGCUUUCUGUGAUCCUUAGUCUUAAAAAGGACCUGUACAAUCCAAUUAAGCACAUAACUGUGGGUUACUGGUCUAUAAAAUGGUAUGCCUUUGUUUACUUAUGUGUCAUAGACAAGGGGGAUUCUUAAUGAUUAUUUCAUCAUUCUUUUUCCAGUCAGGCUCAGUUUGGAAGACUAAUAUAUUACCGAGCACAACUGUAAUAAAAAAGAAAAAAAAAAAAAAAAAACAUUUUUUAUCUGAUGUAUUUUGAAUAUUGAAGUAGGAUUUUGUGUUUAUCAUGUUAUAAAAAAAAAAAAAAAAUGGUGCUUGUGAAAAUACAUAGUGUAAUGCCAGUUACUGACUUACCUGCAAAUACUUGUGCCUCAGUGAUUUUUGUGUUAUUUUUCUAGUUGCUGGAUAAUGUUAAUUUUCAAAAGGGAUUCAUAUCUAAAAGAUGAAAUUAUUUUAGACUGUGGACAUUAAACAAUAUUAUAAUGAAAUUAUUUACAAUCAUUCUUUCAUACACUUCUUUGUUUUUAGAUUCAUUGCAUUAGAAAUGGGUCUACACUGGAUCUGAAAAUUCAGAGAGCACAUUGGGUAUUUGUGUGAGUGUUUGAGUGCAUGGAAGUGCAUGUAUUUGAAUCUCCUUCUCUAUGUAUAUAUAUACAUAUGUUUAUACAUGCGUACACAUAGGUGUUGUUGUUUACUAGUACUGGAUGUUGAAGUACUUCAUUCCAGACACAAUUUGUCAAAUUAUAUUGUAUUUUCAACUUUCUCUGAAGAUAUGUGAAUAUAAAAAUUACAUUUUAACUGUUUAUUCUCUUUUCCUUGUGUAAUUUUAUAGCAAAGUUUUUCAAAUAGCACUCUUUGUUGUUUGUGUGAAAUUUUUAUAUGUUUUCCAUUUUUUAGGAUCAGGUAAAGGUAAAGUCAACAACUUAAAAUUAGCUGGAUGAGAUUUUAUUUAAGAAAAAAAGUCCUUCUAUUCUGUACAGAAAGCAGCAUCUUGUGUAUUGUUUUUUACACAAAGCACUAUGGUGAGAAGAGAAAGUUGGAAUAAAUUUUUCAAUAUAUUUAUCCAUAUUUACAUAUACAGAUAUGAAGUCCAUUUGACAUACUAUAUGUCUGGCUGAUAUUUGUUCAAAAGUCAUAUCUGUCAUAUACCAUGAAAAAUAAAUGUUUAAAAGAAUUAAUUACACUUUUUUUCUCUAUUAAUAUGUGUAAAUUUUGUGAUUUGUUAGUUAUUUUUCAUAUAAUCAUAAGUUAUUUUAUCCUAUUUCAUAUUUUUUUUAAUGUAAAAGGUAAAAAGAAGGGUGUAUGGACACAAUACAAAAUAAAACUGAAAAUAUAUCUCAAUGAUAUGUUUAUUAGAAUGACUUAUUUUGAGAUGCCCUGAAGAAGACUGCUGUAGUCAUUGUCCUUCACUAGUAUUUGUGUGCAUUAGAAUAAUUAGGAACAGAUGGAAAAUGUAUAUAUAUAUAUCUCAAAGAUUUCUUCUAAAUAAUACUUGGGCAAGAGUUUUAAGACUGGAUUUAACUGUAGUUACAGUGAGGCUAGAGAUUUAGAGAGACAAGUGUAUUCCUCUGUAUAUUUACACCCCUUAUGGAGGCACAAAUAAAAUAGGAACAUUUAAUUCCA